UAUAAACAAUUCAAAAGAAUCUAUUUGCAUUAUUGAUUGAUUAAGUCCCCUCCUUUUUCUCCCCUGUCCUCUCCCACUUUCUCCCCCCUUUUUAUAUUCCCUUCUCUCUUUUCAGUUCCCUCACUCCCAAACUCUCUUGUCAAAGUUUGAGUUUUUCUCUCCUUAGUUCCUCUGUCUUUGCCAAGAUGAGUUCUACGAUGUUUAAGGUUUUGAUGAUCUUAGGUCUUUUGGCCACCUCUUGCAUGGCUCAAGCACCAGGUGCUGCACCAACAUCCCCACCAACAUCUUCACCAACGCCAGCUGCUACGCCAGCAGCCCCAACACCUUCCCCAUCGGCGACACCAACCCCAUCUCCAACUCCUUCCCCAACCCCAUCUCCAGCUCCUUCAACAGCUCCAACACCAUCCCCCACCACUUCCCCAUCUCCUUCUCCAAGAACUUCUUCACCUUCUCCUUCACCAGUCUCUUCCCCUCCUGCUCCUACCCCAUCAGGUGGGUCUACACCAGCCUCCGAGCCUUCAGCUGAAGUAGUCCCUCCUCCCUCUGCCGCCUCCACCAACGGUGUUUUCAUUGGUGCAACCGCCCUUGCCGCCACUUUCUUCGCCGCCCUUUUGGCUUAAGAAAGUGAGUCGCCGCCUUUUAGGCUGUACGCGGGCUUUUGGAUCAUGAUUCUUGAGGAUCUUGUUUUGUUGCUCUCUUUGUUCUUUUGAGUAGUGUUUCUUUUCUUUCUUUUUUUUUUAUUAUUUAAAUUUAUUUGUUAUGUAUGGGUUGUUGAUGAUUCUAUUAUUUUGGGUUUGGACGGUUGAUUAUUUCGGUGGAUGUGGCACGUGUAUCAUUUGAUGAGAUCGGACGGUUGUAGAGAUUGGGCUGGUGUACAUGAAAUAAAAACAGUUUGUUAUUCUUUUUACGAAAUCCAAUUUGUCAUGUUUCCA